ACGCAGUACUGUUGUACAGUAUACAGAGCAAGUUCAGCAUGAUGUUUGUUUUAUCAGAGUUUGCACACCCGGAAAUAAUGUUCUGCAAGUAAACGUACACAAACGUCUUAUGCUUAUCAACAGUGCUCAGCUGAAGAACUGGUCUAGGCAUGGUUCAGGGAUUCCAGUAGGCCUGCUAAACUUGAACCACCAGUUUUGGUUGUACACUCAGCAGUUGGGAAAAGUUUACACAACGAUCGAAGUUGUUGGCCUGGUUGUUGUACUGCUCUUUUACCUCCAUGGUUGUAUCAACCACAAGUACAAUACACCGAUUAUAAUCUGCCCACUCGAAGGUCGAGUGUCGAGAUAUUAAUGUUUCACUGUACACUGAUUAUUACUCCCAAUCAAUGACUGCAAUAAAGCCACAAGAGAGUGAACUCUAACCCUGUGAUACGAGGAGCUCUCUGAGCCUGGGACUAAUGGGAGGAACAUGGCUGAGACAGAGCAACAAGGUGCCCGGUUAGAUCCAAGAAUAAAGGGUGAGCUAGAUAAAUUGAACAGCACCUCGGAAGAGAUUAACAGUCUGGAGAAGGAACUGGAUGAUGCCAGACAACAGUUUCGGGUAACUUUGACGGAGUCGUCUUACAAGUUGAACGAAGCCGCCAAGCGAUGUGGCAAGGCCGUAAAAAAAGCCAAGUCGUAUCAUGAAGCUCGAAUAAAGGCACAUAAGGCACAAGAGAAGGUGCAAGAGGCAGCACACACGUACCAAAGAGCCGUCGGGAUGUUCCAAGCAGCCAAAGAGACGAUCACGAUCGCUGAGGAGACAUCAAUGCAGGGAAGGAAGAAACGAGAUUUCGACUCGGCCCUGCAGGAGAUGCUGAACCAUGCCACACUCAAGCUCAACUCAGCCGAGCAUGAGAAGCUUCGAGGACAGAAGGAGCAUGCGCAGUUGUCGCAGGCAUACGAACGGUCACAGGUCAAAGUUGAGCAGCUGGGGAAGAAACUUCGCAAGAGCAUCGGAAAGUCGGCAGCAUACUACGAUCUGAGAGACGCUUUCUACUCCCGCCUAGAAAACCUAAAAGACUCGGUGGAUAAACUUCAGAAGAUGCUAGCCAAGAGCAAGAAGCGGUACCGGGAGGCACUACGGAACCUCGAGAUGAUCUCGGAAGACAUUCACCACAGCAGACGGCAACAGUCGGAUGCUGCUCCAACCCUACAGGAGAGAAGUUCAGGGGUUGGGGCUGAAAGUGAUCAGAUCGGACCCAAAAGAGGGAGCGAUCAGGACGAAGAAGAAGAGGGGAACUUGGAAAAAGUGGCCGACCUCGACACCAACGAAAACUCGAUUCGUACACACCCCUUCUCUAAUCCAUCACAAGGAGGAAACUCAUUUCGUUCAGCAUCUUUCUCUAACUCGAAUCGUACAUCAUCCUUCUCUGAUCCAGGAGGAAACUCGAUUCGCUCAUCCUCAUUCUCAUAUUCGUUUCGUACAUCAUCCUUCUCUAGCCCCAUAGCAUCAGGAGGAAUCGAUGAAGCUGAAGAUCCGACCUCUUCGUACUCGACGUCCCCCGAGGAUGACGUGCCCCAGUCCCCCUUACUGACCGAGCACGGUCUGCCAACCCUACGCCGAGAAGAUAGCAUGAACGACCCAGACUUCUACAGCUCAGAGAAAGCCAUUGCCAAACUGCCCGGCUUACUUCCAGAGGACCAAGAACUGAUCGAGGCAACUUGCAGAGGAUACAAAUCUUUCGAUGCUGAACUGACCGAAGAGGAGGUGACAGUGCUAGGGAAAGGCGCAUCAGGACCCCCGGUAAUCGUGGUCGAAUCCCCGGAGGGAGUCAUAGGCGAGCCGGUGGAAGACGAAAUUGAAGAAGUUGAAGUUUACGAACCGGAAGAAAUCGAAAUGUCCGAGUUGCAAAAUGUUGAAAGCGGUUCAAACGAGGGUGGUGACUUUUCCGUGGCGGAAAGCAGUGUUGAAGUCAUAACCAUUGAGCAGGAGACACGACUUAAUGGUGUCAUUGAUGACAUAUCACCCGAGCAAAGCGAGGGCGAAAUAUCCGAUGAGGAAAAUGCUGGUCAAGAUACACCUACAGAAAAACACUCUGCUGUAAACUCAGAGCCGGUCUCUCUCGACGAAUCUCACAUCAGUGUUGUCAACAACCAAGAAGAUCAGGACGACCAUAGACAGAGAGCACCAUCAGUAGGAGUUAAGAAACAAAUCCAAGAAGAUUUUGAUUUUUCAGAUCCCCUACCGACAAGUCCAAUUCAGCAAAUUCAAGCAGCUGAACUAGAAAGGCCUGGUUCCCCUGCUCUUUUCCGCUACCGCGCAGACAAACACACAGAAGACGUCCACGAACCAGACGACACAAUGGCGAUUAACACAUCACUACCCAUCAUUCCAGUCGAUGACGUAGUUAUAACAUCAGCCAAUGAGAAUCAGAAUUGUGAUGAAGCCGAAUGUUGAAGCAGCCGGUAGUGAAUAAAAAAUCAACACAGAUUUUCAAACUUGUGAUUUAUAUUCUGAUGACAAACUUAUCUACUCUGCGGUAAUAGAGUUUAGCAAGACAAAGAAUAUACUCUACCCAGAAAGUAGAUAAUAAUUAUACACAUGGUGUUACCGUAAAUACAUUGAUACCUCACCAUGCAUUGCCUCCAAUCCCAUUGACAAACUUAUCAUUAUAAUAUUGCUGUUUUGUAGCUCAGCUGAUACACAAACCUUUCUAACAUGUCAUGUUCGGAAGUAAGAGUAUUAAUGAAUAGCCUAGACCAGCGUGGGUCGAGGUGGUAUGGGCCUGAUAUUAAGUUUGACAGUUCACCCACAAUAUCCUGCUGGAAUUGCUCUUGUCUGCCCAAAAAUUAACAAUAAUAAGCAAAAUUACCUUAUGAUGAUUAUGUGUUGAUGUAUUUAUUAUAAUUAAUUAAUCAACCGAACAUUUAUACUAUAACAAUGUUUUUAAUACCAAUUACUUAAUAUCAUGUGGUACCAUACAUGUCAUUACAUAAAUUAAUUAAUAUCACAUUAUUUUGACACAUUUGGACGAAACCUAAAACUGAAUUGACACUAUUCUUACUAGUAGUACAUAGUCAUCAAGUGAUGUCAUCAUGACGUUUUGGUCAAAUGAUAACCAUAGAGGUGGGGUUAUCAUGGAGAUAGAACAAUUGAUAUCAAAGGUAUUAAUUUUGAUAGUUAUGAAUUUAGAGUCAAUGAUUGUAAACAAUUUUAAAACAAUUUGAACUCGCCCGUGAAAAGCUCAACAGCAUGCACUUCGUCAGUACAAACUGCACGAAAUAUAAAUACAGUUUCGUCUACAAUGGCAAACUAUUAAGGGAAUGUACAACAUUCAUGUCCCCUGAUAAAAGACUCAACAAUUUACGUGGGAAAUGUCAUCAAAAUGUGCAUGCAACACUUACAAAAACGUCAUUUCUUCAUUUAAAAAGAACAACUAACAUUGCAAGGACUACGAAUUAUCAGGAUGGCAUGGUCUGUAUACAUCAAGCAUUAUUACAAAUAGGAGAACGUCGGAUUUGAAAUAAUGAUAAUUUGCAGAGUUUAAUACUUCAUCAAAUGCCAUUGCCGAAACAGUUAAAGUCACCUGGAAAUAUAAUUUUUUUUCUUUCACACAUAAGAGUAUAUGCUUACGAACAAUAAAACAAUG